UCCCGUUUUCAUCCACAGUCAAUGUGUUUGUGUAAGAGAGAGACCUCACCUAAGUGAGAGAGUGACUCUCUCUCAUUUACAAAGGAAAAUCUCUAUCUCUCUCUCUCUCUCUCCUAAACACCGGGCAACUAGAGCUUCAUCUCACCCUUUCCCUCUCCUCAUCACAGCCGACAACCCUAUCAAGGGUCUCGCAGCUACCAUCACAAAGCUGAGCUUGUUUCUUUGUGUAGCUUUAAUGGCGGCUUCGUUGUGGGGAGUGCCCCGCAGCUUUGUCAGAUACACCAAAACUCUUCCAAUUUCAAAUCCUUACAGCCCCAUUUUCUCCCGCGGAUUUUCUUCCAAGCUCUUUGUCAAAGGCAUAUCUUUUUCUACAACAGAGGAGACAUUGGCUAAAGUGUUUUCAACAUUUGGCGAAGUAAUUGAAACUAAUAUUAUAAUGAAUAAAACUCGAAACAGAUCAAAAGGAUAUGGAUACGUGACCUUUGCUGAAGAAGAUGAUGCUGAAAAGGCUUUGAUUGGCACAAAUGGGAAGAUUAUCGAUGGACGAGCUGUUUACGUGGACAAGGUACGGCCCACCAAAUUUUCUCGGAAGCCAUGGCCAACACCAACAGCCAGAGAACCAUCUCACCCAGAAGAUAGCACUCCUGGCACAUAACUAAGCUAUAAUUAGACAAUUUUUAUAAUAUCUAUAUAAAUAAUGGAAAUUUUUGGAUUUAAGGGUUUUUUAUAUUUUUAAUGUUAACUUUAACGGAAUAUUCUUAUA